AUGAAUUAUAAUUUUGUACUUGUAAUUUUUAUCAACUAUAAUCUUAAAAAUAUAUCCAGUGAUUUAUUGUAUGGCUUUAGAAAAAAGCAUUUAAAAUUUAUAGAUAAACUUUUUAAUGAACAUUAUAAAGAAACUAAAGAAAUUUAUGAUAUUUACAAAAUUAUUAAUUCAAAUACUAAAGAAUUUAUUAGACAAAACACCAUCUAUAAUUAUGUGUGCGAAAAACAAAUAAUGAUAAAAAAUGAAAUAGAAAUAAAUGAAGAUAUAUUAAAAUUAUAUGAAAAUAUUAGUUUAAAAAAUAUUGAAGGUUUAAAAAAUAUUGAUAAAACAAAAGAUAUUGAUGGUUUAAAAAUUAUUGAAAAAAUAAAGAAUCUUAAAAAGAAUCUUAAAAACAAUCUCAUAAAUCUUUAUGAAUACUGGCAUGCUUUAAAUAGGGGAUUAGUAAUAUAUGAAGUUUUUAAACAAUUAACAGAUGCCUUUUUUUUAAGAAAUUUAAUGAUCAGAUAUUAUUUUGAUGAUCAGCAAAUCGAAUACAUUAAAUGGAAAAAAAUAGAAGAAUUUAAUAAGUUAUUAAAGUUUAAUCAAUACUUUCAUAUUAUUGAUGAAAUUAAAAUCUUAAUAUUUUCAGAUAAUAUCGAUCUAGAUAUAAUGUUUAAAAGGAAAUUUGAAAUCUAUUAUUAUUUACUUUGCAAAUACUAUUGUUAUUUAAAAACUCAAAGUGAAUUAGAUUGUGAAGAAAUAGGUAUAAAUAUAGUAGCUUUUACAGAGAUUGUUUAUGAUGAAUUAGAUAAUUUAAGAAUACUCUUAGGAUUAUUAUAA